AUGCGUCCGGUGGAAAAUCCCCGUCAACGUGGGUUUGUGUUAAUUGAAGUACUUACGGGCAAGAAAACAUUCACAUUAUUGCUGGAUGCCGUUCAUCAAGAACAGAGCUUAUAUAAAAACACAACUCCAGUGGAACGUGUUAUCGAACGGCACGUGUUCUCUGGGGUACAGAUUCCGGGCUACGAGUGGAAAUUGAAAUAUCACCGGGGUCGUGCCGCCCGCUUCAACUACAAGUAUCGUGUGCUAUGUUCCGAACACUACUACGACUACACAUGUGCCAAGUUCUGCAGGCCUCGGAACGACAUGUUUGGCCACUACAGUUGUGACGAGCAGGGUGACAAAGUCUGUUUGGACGGAUGGCAUGGACCUACAUGUGAGACAGCUACUUGUAAGCUAGGGUGCCAUCCAGAACAUGGAUUCUGCAGUGUUCCCGGCGAAUGCAAGUGUCGUCCUGGUUGGAAAUCCGAAUUAUGUGAUCAAUGUAUGCCGUAUCCUGGCUGCAAACAUGGCUACUGCAACGGUUCACCAUGGCAAUGCAUCUGUGAUAUAAACUGGGGUGGCAUACUUUGCGACGGUGAUAUAAAUGAGUGUGAGUCUAAUCCUUGUGAAAACAGUGGGACGUGUUUAGAUCUUGUGGAUGGUUAUCGAUGUCUUUGUGAUCCGGGAUGGCAAGGGAAUCGUUGCCAAUUUGAUGCCGAUGAAUGUGAUGUCAGUCCGUGCGUAAAUGCCAUCAGCUGUCGCAACUUGGUGGGAGACUAUCAAUGCACUUGCCUGCCUGGCUGGAACGGCAAGAAUUGCGACCAGAACCUCAACGAUUGCACGGGACAGUGCAUGAACGGGGCCACUUGCAUUGAUCUCGUGAACGAUUACCACUGCGCUUGCUUGCCUGGAUUCACUGGACGCGAAUGCCAGACAAACAUCAAUGAAUGUGCCAGCUCUCCCUGCCUCAAUGGAGGGGAGUGUGUCGAUCUGGUGGCUGAUUAUCGCUGCAUUUGCUCAGUUGGAUACAAAGGAUAUCGUUGCGAAAUUGAUGAUGAUCUAUGCCAUCCAAACCCUUGUCAAAAUGGAGCUUCUUGCUUCAAUUUGCAGAUCGAUUACACGUGUGUUUGCCCUCAAGGUUUUCAAGGAAAAAAUUGCUCAACUCCGAGGGUUCCGUGUCGAAGUCCUCCUUGUGAAACCAACUCAGACAAAUGUGCCACCAUGUCCCCCAACUCAUCCGCUGGAUUGAGGCACGUGUCUUCCAGCUUAUGUGGCGACCAUGGAAAAUGCGUCAGUGACCACUUGGGAGGGUUCACGUGCGUAUGUGAUGUGGGAUACACUGGAAGAUACUGCCAUGAAAAUAUUAACGACUGCGCUUCUUCGCCCUGUAAAAACGGUGGAACAUGUGUAGAUGGUUUGAACUCCUUCCAGUGCUUUUGUCAGGAAGGCUGGGAAGGAAGAUACUGCCAAAUAAAUAAAAAUGAUUGUGACCCUAGUCCCUGCAGUAACAAUGGAAGCUGUAUAGAUGGCAUCGCAGACUACAUAUGCAACUGUAAAGAUGGCUGGAAAGGGAAAACUUGCAAUUUACGACACAGCCAUUGUGAUCUUAGUACAUGUCAAAAUGGUGGGACUUGUUUAGACCUUGGUGAUGCCUUUGUAUGUCGAUGCAAAUCUGGUUGGGAAGGUCACACUUGCCAAAUAGCCAAAAAUCCUAGCUGCCAUUCAAGUCCUUGUCAAAAUGGUGCAACUUGUGUUAACAUUGGGACAAACUUCCUCUGCAUUUGCCGAGAAGGAUUUGAGGGACCUUUGUGCCAAUAUGAUUCGGACGACUGCAACCCCAAUCCUUGUCAAAAUAACGGCACCUGUAUUGAUGGUGUGAACUGGUUUCUCUGUAAAUGCGCACCUGGAUUUAUUGGACCGGAUUGCCGGAUUAACAUCAACGAGUGUGCUUCAUCCCCUUGCGGCAAUGGUGGAACUUGUAUCGAUGAAAUUGGAAACUAUCGAUGCGUUUGUCCACCACACUUCACUGGUCGAACUUGCAAUACAUCUAUUUUGCCACCUGACGUAGGAGGUUACUGUCUUUGGAAAGGUCAAAUUCAUCUGGACAGUAAUGUUUGGAAUGAUGAAUGCAACACUUGUAUUUGUGUCCGAGGAAAAUCUCACUGCACUAGAAUAUGGUGCAGCCCGCAACUAUGCGACCUUGACCCGAACUCAACGAGACAACUUUGUCCACCAGGAGAGACAUGCAAAUCCCUCUCAUUGGAUGCCUGCUUCACCCCUCCGUGUCACAAUUUCGGAAGAUGUCGAAGAAAUCACAACAAGUCCGAGGCUCUUUCUCAAGAAAUGACCUUGGCUGGAAAAUGUCAACCUAAUAAUGCUCGUCUCAGCAAUAAUUGUGCUAAAAUAACCCUUUUCUUCAACAAGGAACAAAUGCCUACUGGAAUACUCGUGGAAGAGAUUUGCAGUCAAGUGCGAAAACUUCCUCUCUCAUAUAUUUUACUAAGUACUAGAAGCGAAGAAAGAAUUAUUAUUCUAUGCAGCAUAAAGGCAAAUGAAAAUGACACCAUUGAAGUUGCAAUUUCUACUUCGGGUAAGCCUACAUUAGAGACAUUUCACAUGGUGAGCAACAUCACGAAACAAAUAGGAGAUCUAAUCAGUAGGAAACAUCACAACACUUCGAUUCUGUCUAAUGUUAUGGAAGUCAAAGUGGAGACUUCAAUGGUCAAAGACCCUGCUAAAGAAAAAGCAAACUAUGUCCCUGUGCUAAUAGCCCUGCUGUCGGUUGUGAUCUUCGUCUGCGCUGUUGCUGGUAUCCUGUGGUACUAUAGGCACCGUUGCCGGAAAAAGACGGAACGCAGUCCGAACAGCAGUUCCCUUCCUCGGUCUUACAGCACCAAGCUGGAUCACACCGAAGAGAAAGCGAACAAUGAGAACAAUUUGUGUCGCUACCACAACGCUUUCCAGAACCCAACCCGUGACCAGUGCUCGUACACACCUGCUGGAUCCUCGGAAAUGAUCGAUUUCGAUCCAGACAAGACUGACUUACCAAAAAAAAUUUACAAAAGUAAAUUGCCAGAUACUUACGUGAACUCUACCAUAUCUAGUGAAAAAGACUGCGAAAAGAACAAUACGCUACGGAAACUUUCGAACCAUAUGAAAAGCAAAGCAACAGGUGUUGUCAUUUAG